GAAGUACGGCAAUUACAAUGAAGCGAAGUACACAGUCCAUCCCAUAAAUAAUGACCACCUUGCAGCCCCUGCCGGCCAUCUCUGCCCAACGUCUCGAGCAGCUCCACAAAGAAUCCCUCGAGCGUCUGGAACGCCUGCACGCCGUGGUCAAAGCCUGGAAAUGCUCACACUGCAGUAUACCCUCCCCUCCCACCGCCACGCCUCCGCUGGACGGGGACCUUGCGGUGGUAGCGCGCGAACACAACCUCCCGAUUGCUAGUAUCCGGCCCAUCACAUACACCAAAGAAGACCACAGCCAAAUCAAUGAGGAACUACAGAUUUUUAUGAGCAAACUCCAUCUAAAAAGCCACGAUAAAUGGGAGAAAUCCUUGCUGUGGCAGCAGACGCAGGUGGCCGAAGAUCUGGUGGAACAGCGGGCCAAGGUCACCGGGCAGUUGAUGGAGAGGUUGCGCACCACGGAGGAGAUUGUCGGGCAGUGCGCCAAACAGCGUGUGGCACUGCGCAGUGCGCUACGGGAAGCGGAAAGCACCGCUGAGCAAUGCGACGCAGAAUUGGAUAACAUCGUGCAUCAGCAGAAUGACGUACUACACAAAUGUGACCUUUACAUCCACGACAUCGAUACGGAAAUCGAGCGGCUGAAAAGCUAUGCGAAGAACCAGUUCUUCGUCGAUCAGAAAAACUGUCAGAUGUUAUUGGAGCAUCAGCGAUUAAAUGAAGACAAUUUUGAGGAACUUUACGGGUUUGAGAAAGAGGAGAUUAUCAAGCAGAUGCGGAUAAUGAAAGCGGAUCUGGGAAGAAGGGACGCUAAAGAUAGGAGAAAGUUUGUUCGAAAAUUAAUCUGGCAGAUUCGGAAUUUGCGGUAUGAAUCGGUCAGUCGGGAAAAAGAGCUGAUGCAGUCCGAUAUGGAAAGGUUCGAAGGGAAAUUGGAGUUGCUGAAGAAUGAUGUGGCGUUUAUGCAGGAACGCUAUAUUAGCUUAACGAGCGUCGAUCCAGACGCUGCAGAAGCUGACGGAAACGACGUAGUUGCUAAGAACUGAGUUAAACAUAGAAAAUCGAUUUUUAUUUUUUUCUCGAUCGCCUGAUUUACUGUACUUGUCAUGACGUUUUUUUUAGUGGGCGUAAGAGUUUACCAUUUUACGGGUUGAAUUAAAAAUGGCGUCGGUGUUACGUUCGUGGUGGAAUUUGAUUUUUGCAAUUUUUCUUAUAACUCCGUAUUCGCUUUAUACGACGAUCCAGGUGACGUGGUGAUUUUAACCCAUGAGAAUUUUAGUGAGAAGGUGCUGGAUAGCAGCGAU